ACCAGCUGCUAGAGGCAGCAGGAGCUGAGAGGAACCACAGGAGAUCUCUCCAAGCUGAACUCACUUCUGCACUCGCUUCUUUUUGAAACUUUCCUCGUUAACUUGUUGUUUUUUUCUACUUUAUCUUGAAGUUCUUAUUUUCCACACCAUGGCUGGUGGCCCGCUGACAGGCUUGCUGGUGGCGCUGUGCGUCAGCAGCGCGGUGCUCGGCUCUCCAAAGAAGACCCGGAGACAGAGCGGCCAGGUCCAGGUGUUCCCUCAGCUCCGUGACGCAGCGGACCUUUCUCCAGUCGGCUGUGAGGAAAACGGUCGGUCGUACCGAGCCAACGAGCAGUGGGACAAGCCUUACCUGGGCAGCCUGCUGCUCUGCACCUGCCACGGAGCCGCGGGCAUCAAGUGUCAGAGUAAACCUGAAGUGGAGGAGUCCUGCUAUGAUAAGAACAAUGACCGGACGUACCGGGUCGGUGAGACCUACGAGCGGCCGAAGGACGGCAUGAUGUGGGACUGCACCUGCAUCGGUUCUGGUCGAGGGAAGAUCAGCUGCACCAUCGCUAAUCGGUGCCAUGAAGGUGGGAGGUCUUAUAAGAUCGGGGACACCUGGCAGAGACCUCACGACUCCGAGGACUACAUGCUGGAGUGUGUCUGUCUCGGAAACGGCAAAGGAGAGUGGACCUGCAAACCUGUGGCGGAGCGAUGCUACGACAACACAGUUUCCUCAUCGUACGUGGUGGGGGAGACCUGGGAGAAGCCGUACCAGGGCUGGAUGAUGCUGGACUGCACCUGUCUGGGAGAAGGCAACGGACGCAUCACCUGCACCUCCAGGAACCGUUGCAACGACCAGGACACCAAGCGGUCGUACCGUAUCGGGGACACGUGGAGUAAGAAGGACGCGGCGGGCCAGGCGCUGCAGUGUCAGUGCUUAGGGAACGGCCGCGGGGAGUGGAAGUGUGAGAGACACAACGCAGGCCGAACCUCUGGUGCCGUGGUAAUGACCCCCUCGCUGGCCCAGACGCUGCUGCUGCAGCCGGCCGUGGAGGGAACCUGCCGCACGGAGUCCGGAGCCAGCUUCUACGACGGCCAGCGCUGGUUCAGGAGUCAGGGCAACAAACCCAUGCUCUGCACCUGCCUGGGCAACGGAGUCAGCUGCCAGGAGUGGGAGGCCAGGAAGCAGGCGUACGGUGGCAACUCUAACGGCCAGCCGUGUGCGUUCCCGUUCAGCUUCAUGGGGAAGACGUACUACUCCUGCACCUCCGACGGACGCACCGACGGCCAGCUGUGGUGCUCCACCACCUCCGACUACGAGAGAGACCAGCAGUACUCCUUCUGCAUCGAGAGGAACGCCAUCGUGGCAACACGAGGCGGGAACUCCAACGGCGCUCUGUGCCACUUCCCCUUCCUCUACAGCGGCCGCAACUACACCGACUGCACGUCUGACGGGCGCCGCGACGCCAUGAGGUGGUGCGGCACCACCCACGACUACGACACGGAGCAGCGCUUCGGCUUCUGCCCCAUGGCUGCCCAUGAGGAGAUUUGUACCACCAACGAUGGAGCGAUGCACCGCGUAGGCGACAAGUGGGACAAACGCCAUGAUGUCAUGGGUCACAUGAUGGAGUGCACCUGUCUGGGGAACGGCCGCGGGGAGUGGAGCUGCGUGGCGCACUCUCAGCUGCGAGAUCAGUGUAUCGUUGAUGGCUUGAACUAUGAAGUGAACCAGGAGUUCUCAAAGCGCCACGACGAGGGCUACAUGAUGAACUGCACCUGCUACGGCCAGGGCCGCGGCCGCUGGAAGUGUGACGCCAUCGACCAGUGCCAGGAGCCCCAGACCAGGGCGUUCUACCAGAUUGGAGCUACGUGGGAGAAGUCGAUCCACAGCAUCCAGUACCGCUGUUAUUGCUACGGCAACGGGAUCGGAGAGAUGAGGUGUGAGCCUCAGCAGACCUACCAAGACGGCCACAGACCUGUCCAGGUGAUCAUCACCGAGGCUGGGAAGCAGCCAGACUCCCACCCCAUCCAGUGGAACCCCCCCUCCUCCGUCCACAUCACCCAGUACAUCCUCAAAUGGAGAAAUAAAAUGAACCGUGGGCCGUGGCGGGAGGCGACCAUCCCCGGCCACCUCAACUCCUACACCAUCAGCGGGCUGCGGCCGGGCGUCACCUACGAGGGUCAGCUGAUCAGCAUCCUGCAGUACGGGCGCCGCGAGGUCACGCGCUUCGACUUCACCACCACCCACGGCUCCCUGGAGACGUCGGAGGGGGAGACGACCCCGCCUCCUCCGGUGGUCGACACCUCGGAGUCGGUGACAGAAAUCACCUCCAACAGCUUCGUGGUGUCCUGGACCUCGGCCUCCUCCACCAUCUCCGGCUUCAGGGUGCAGUACGAGCUCAGCGAGGACGGAGCCAAGCCCAAAGUCCUGGAUAUUCCACGCACGGCGAGCUCCGUCACCAUCGGCGACCUGCUGCCGGGACGCAGAUACAACGUCAACGUGUACGAGCUGCCCGACCGCGGAGAGCCCACCCUCAUCCUGUCCACCUCCCAGACCACAGCUCCUGACACGCCCGGCCAGCACGCCGUGGACGAGGUGGGAGAGUCGUCCAUCCGAGUCAGCUGGACGAGGCCUCAGGCUCCUAUUACUGGUUACCGUGUGGUGUACACGCCGUCAGUGGAAGGCAGCAGCACGGAGCUCAACCUGCCGGACACGCAGACCUCAGUGACCCUGGCUGACCUCCGACCCGGCCUCCUCUACAACAUCAGCAUCUACGCCGUGGAGGAGAACCAGGAGAGCGAGCCUAUCUUUGUGCAGGUCAACACGGCGGGAUCCCCUCCACCAGAGGAGAUCCCUGCACCCACAGACCUGCAGUUCUACGAGGUUUCAGAUAUGAAGAUCUACAUUACCUGGACCGGCCCCCCCAGCGAGGUGACCGCCUACAGGGUUCAUUUCACCCCCGUGGGUCCUGACGGCAGUGAGACCAGGGUCCUGCAGCUGCCCAUCUCCCCCAACGCCUACGCCGACAUCACCCACCUGCAGCCGGGCACGCUGUACCGCUUCUACAUCUACGCCAUCAACGGAGGCGUGGAGAGCAAGCCGCUCAUCGGGGAGAAGUCUACCAAGCCCGACGCGCCCCUCGACGUGCGUUUCACCGACGUGGGGCCCGACACGGCGCUGGUGGUCUGGGAGGCGCCCCGCGCCAUCGUCAGCGGCUACCGCCUCUUCCUGAGCAUCGAGGGCUCCAACCCCAUCGAGAAGAGGAUCCCGGGCCGGGUCACCCAGUUCCCUCUGAGGAAUCUGCGUCCAGACACCCAGUACACCGCCGUCCUGCACUCGGAGCUGGACAGCGUGCUCAGCGAGGGCGUGACCACGUACUUCAGCACCACUCCCCAGAUGGGAAACGCUCCCCCUUUCAGCACGGAGGUCACUGAUACCUCCAUCCUGGUCUCGUGGAUUCCUGUCCGCAGGUUCAGCUACAAGCUGUCGGUGCUCCCCAGCCAGGAAGGAGAGUCUCCCAGAGAACAGACCUCCGACUCUGGACGUAUUUUUAUUCCGGGUCUGUUUCCUGGGACUCCGUACACCUACAGCGUUCAGCCCAUCUUCAACGGACGCCACACUGGAAACCCCGUCACCCGCAACGUUGUUACUGCUCUGUCUCCUCCCACUGACCUCCAGGUCCAGUCCAGCCCUGAUACUGGAGCGCUCACCGUCCACUGGGUGGCUUCCAGGACACCAGGCAUCACAGGCUACAGAGUGACCAGCACGCCGACCAGCGGCCAGCGAGGAAACACUCUGGAAGAGUUUGUCCGAGCUGAUCAAACUUCCUGCGUGCUAGAGAACCUGAAUCUUGGGGCGGAGUACAACAUCAGUGUCUUCACUACCAAGGGCCAUCUGGAAAGUGUCCCCGUGUCCACAAUAGUCACACCAGAAAUCCCCCCACCGAGUCACGUUGGCUUUGUGGACAUUACUGCCAGCAGCAUCAGCCUGAUCUGGACCCCUCCCACCCUUUCCACCGUUACUGCUUACCGGAUAACGGUAGCAGCGUCAGGCCAGAGCGCGACACUUUUUCAAGACACGGUGGAAGCAUCUGCUGGUUAUUACACGAUCGGCGGUCUGGAGCCGGGCGUGGACUAUGACAUCAGCGUGUUCAGUGUUACAGAGGAGGGCGAGAGCAAGCCGACCACACACACAAAGCACACACAAGCUGCUAUUCCAGCUCCCACUAACCUGCAGUUUAACGGCGUGGGUCCUGACCACAUCAGGGUGACGUGGACGGUCCCUCAUGUCGCCACGCCGAGCGACAUCUCUAGGUUUGUCAUCCGUUACCACCCUGUCGCCACGGACGACGACAUCAAGGAGGUCAAUGUGGGCGGAGCCACCAACACCUUCCUGCUGGAGAACCUGCUGCCCAACACGCAGUACCGGAUCAGUGUUGUGUGUGUGUACGGUGAGCGAGAGAGCGGCCCAGCUACAGGAACUCAGAGGACAACUCUGGACUCGCCCACUGGCUUGGACUUCUCUGACAUCCGCACCAACUCCUUCACCGUUCACUGGCUGGCUCCCACCGCCGCCAUCACCGGCUACCGCGUCCGCCAUCAGAAGACGAGCGGCGGGCGCGCCAAGGACGAGAGGCUGCCGCCCACCAGGACCUACUUCACUCUGACCGGGCUGACCCCGGAGACGGAGUAUCUGAUAUAUGUGUAUGCUGUCAGCAACAACCAGGAGAGCCAGCCUCUGACUGGCACUCAGGCCACCAUCUCUGAUGCUCCUACGGACCUGGAGGUGACCUCCUCCACCCCCACCACCAUCACCAUCCGCUGGGACGCCCCCUCUGUGGCAGUGAAGAACUACAGGAUCACCUAUGGAGGCACAAGUGGUGAGGCUCCUCAAGAGUUCUCCAUCCCCGGCACUCAGACCAGCGCCACCAUCACCGGCCUGAAGCCCGGCAGCGACUACACCAUCACAGUGUACGCUGUGACGGGACGAGGGGACAGCCCCGCCUCCAACACUCCGGUCUACAUCACACACAAGACUGACACCGAGCCCAUCACUGACAUGCGACUGACUGAUGUGAGUGACAACGCCCUCACGGUGCGCUGGUCUCCUGCUCAGGGACCAAUCAGAGGCUACAGAAUCACCAGCGUCCCCAAGAACGGCCUCGGACCCUCCUACUCCGAGGUGGUGGCCCCUGAUCAGACUCAGAUGACGUUCACAGGCCUGAUGCCCACUGCGGAGUAUGUUGUGAGUGUGUCCGCUCUGGGCAACGACGGCCAGCCGUCUUCCCCCGUGGUGGAGAACGCCAUCACUGCGAUGGACCGUCCCAAGGACCUGACCUUCUCCGACAUCGACUCCUCCGCCAUGCGCAUCACGUGGGACAGUCCCGACGGCUCGGUGACAUCAUACCGCGUCCUCUACUCCAGCUCAGAGGAGAGCGAGAGGGAGCUGCGUCCGGCGCCCAGACGUGACCAGAACACCGCCAUGCUGCGAGGCCUUCUGCCCGGGACGGAGUACACGGUUAAAGUCAUCGCGCUGCACGACCGCACGCCCAGCACGCCGCUGGUGGGAACCCAGGCCACAGUGAUUCCUGCUCCGACCAACCUGGUUAUCUCUGAUGUGGGUCCCUCCACCUUCACCGUGUCAUGGCGAGCUCCGAGUGCACGCCUGUCCGGCUACCGCGUGGUCGUCAGCCCCAAGAACAUCAACGGACCCGCCAAAGAGCUGAACGUUGCUCCAGACACCACACGUGUGGUCAUCCCAGGACUCAUGGUGGCAACAACGUAUCAGAUCCACGUCUACGCUCUGAAGAACUCCGUCACCAGCCGGCCGCUGGAGGGCGAGACCACCACACUGGAAGAUGUCAGUCCUCCGCGGCGUGUACGCAUCUCUGAUGUGAAGGACACUUCUUUCACGCUGAGCUGGCGCUCCAAGACAGAAACCAUCACCGGCUUCCUGAUCGAGGCCACGCCCCUCAGCGGCUCCACCCCCACCAUCCGCAGGACCAUCCCAGCAGACGCAUACACCUACACCCUCACAGGUCUGCAGCCAGGCACCACCUACUCCGUCUACCUGUACACGCUGAACGGAAACACAAAGAGCGCUCCUUUCACUCUCAUCAUCAGCACAGCGGAACCAGUGGUCCAGGCUCCCACCAACAUCCAGUUCAAGUCUCUGACCCCCACCUCCAUCAGCUUCACCUGGCAGCCUCCGGCCACUCAGAUCACAGGAUACUACGUCACCUACGAGGAGUCGGGCGGAGCUCCACGAGAGCUGACUCCUCGGCCCCACGCCGGCCAGAACUACGCCACCAUAUCUGGCCUGAGACCUGCCACCGAGUACGUGAUCAGGAUCGUUGCCAUCCAGAACAGCCAGAGGAGCACGCCGCUGGUGGGCCGGGCCAGGACCCAACCAGACUCUCUGCUGCCGCUGCCGCUGCCUCACCGCCCUGGAGGCGACAGGCUGGAUGUGCCUGAAGCUGAGCUGGACAACAGAGUGCAGGUGGUGGGCAACAAUAACCAGGAUGGGCAUAGUGGGCAGAGCCAGAAUGUGGAGUACACAGAGUACAACAACAAUGGCCAUAGUGGGAACAGUGGGCAGACCCGUGAGCCGCUGGUGUUUGUGCCCGUCCCUGAUGCAGAGGGCCGCCGGCUGCCCAUCCUGAAGCUCAACGUGCCCGUCGGCGCCACCUUCGGGAACGAGACGGGACUGCCCCAAGAGGCCCAGACCCAGACCUCCAUCUCCUGGAAGCCCUACAAGCAGAGCGACGCCUACCUGGUGUCCUGCCACCCCCUCACCCAGCUCAACGAGAGGAUGUUCCAGGUGCGUCUGCCCGGCAGCGCCACCAGCGCCACCCUGAUCGGCCUGACCCCCGGAGCCAACUACAACGUGCUGGUGGAGGCUCUGAUGGGAGCGCUGAAACACAAGAUCCUGGAGCAGGUCGUCACCGCUGGGAACACCAUCCCGGAGGGCGUGGCGUCCUCCAAGGACUCGUGCUACGACGCCUUCACCGCCACCUACCACGAUGUUGGUGGAGAAUGGGAGCGGAUGUCUGAGACGGGGUUCAAGCUGUGGUGCCGGUGUCUGGGUCUGGGGAGUGGCCACUUCAGAUGUGAUUCAUCUAAGUGGUGCCAUGACAACGGGAACAACUAUCGCAUCGGAGAGAAGUGGGACCGCCGCGCAGAAAACGGGCACCUGAUGAGCUGCACAUGUUUGGGAAAUGGCAAAGGAGAGUUCAAGUGUGAACCACAUGACUCCGUGUGCUACGACGACGGCAAGGCCUACCAGGUGGGGAACCAGUGGCAGAAGGAGUACCUGGGCGCUAUCUGCACAUGCACCUGCUUCGGAGGACAGCAGGGCUGGCGAUGUGAGAACUGCCGCAGACCAGGCGGAGACGUGGACGCCAGCCUGCUGCAGCCCGUCAGAUACGGAAACACACUACGCAACAUCCACUGCCCCAUCGAGUGCCUCCGCCCCGACCUGCUGGCCGACGCCCAGGCGGCUGCCAACCCUCGGGAGUGAAACAUCCGCUGCCCUCGCCGUCUCACCGCAGAACGCCUGAACUAACUGCCGGAUCACUUCCUCACACGUUUAGCCAGAGAUGUCCCGCCGCCUGCUGCCUGACCAGAGAUCCAGUCUUCUCACUGUGGACCGUCCAGUCUCUAACUCACUCUUCUGUAAAUGAAGGCCCGUUGUUUCCUUUUCCCUUUUACUUACCUCAAUGGAAGUAAUUUAGGACUUGUCAGAUUUAUAUUCUCUACAUUUAAAUAUUCAGACACAUUUCUUAAUCAAAGAGCAAAAACAGGCAGAAAAUAAGCACUGUGUUAAAGAAUGUCAGUUUUAUUAACAAUGUUGUUUAAAUUGUCCAUGAAAAUGUGCUUUUCUUUUCUGUAGCCCUUCUUUUGUUAGAGGGCUCGCACUGUGACUGACACAUUCUGGUUUCUACUGUCUUUCUACUAAUUUAUCCCUUUAAUCUCAACGUGUGUGUGUGUGAGAAUUUGAACUGUUCUAUUUUUGUACUUUGUUGUCCGUGCCAAACUUGUUUCUACCUUUUGACAAAAAAGAAGUCCCUUAUUUUAAUAAAGCUGGAGAGAUCCUGAAACCUAA